GCAACUGAGAUAUUUUAGUGAAUUCCAACAUAGAAAGAUGCCAACCCUGGAUGACAUUUUAGAGCAGAUUGGAGAAUUUAAUUUCUUUCAGAAACAAGCCCUCUUUGUCUUAUGCCAGCUUUCCAUUACCUUUGUUCCCAUUUACGUUGGGAUUUUUUUCCUGGGAUUCACCCCUGAGCAUCAUUGUCGCAGUCCUGGGGUGGUUGAGCUGAGCCGGGGAUGCCACUGGACCCUGGAGGAGCAGCUGAAUCACACGGUUCCAGAGUGGGGCAACCAUGGAGCCAGUUUCAGCAGCCACUGCAGGAGGUACGAGGUGGAUUGGAAUGUGACAGGCAUCAGCUGCACCGACCCCCUCAGCAGCCUUGUGGGCAACCAGAGCAUCAUCCCCCUUGGUCCCUGCCAGGAUGGCUGGGUCUACAACUCCCCAGGAACCUCUCUCGUAACUGAGUUUAACCUGGUAUGUGAUGACUCCUGGAAGCUGGACCUCUUCCAGUCGUGUGUGAAUGUUGGAUUUUUUAUUGGCUCCAUAAGCAUUGGCUACAUAGCAGACAGGUUUGGCCGCAGACUUUGCCUCCUGGUCACAGUCCUUAUCAAUAUGGUCUCAGGGGUCCUCAUGGCGUUUGCACCAAGCUACACCUGGACGAUCAUCUUCCGCCUGAUACAGGGGCUGGUCAGCAAGGGGGCCUGGCUGACAGGCUAUGUCCUCAUUGCAGAAAUUGUUGGCUCAAACUAUCGGAGGGCAGUGGGCAUCAUUUACCAGCUUGCCUUCAGCUUGGGACUUCUUAUCCUCACUGCCCUGGCUUACAUACUUCCACACUGGAGGUGGCUCCAGCUCACAGUUUCACUGCCCAAUGUCUUCUUUCUGCUCUGCUUUUGGUGUCUGCCUGAGUCUCCCAGGUGGCUAAUAGCUCAAAAGCAAAAUGACAAAGCUAUGGAAGUCAUUAAGCAUAUUGCCAAGGGGAAUAAGAAGCAGCUGCCUCUCUCUUUCCAGAACCUCAGCUCUGAAGAUGAAGAUGGAGAAAAGCCAAAACCUUCAUUUCUAGACCUGGUCAGGACAACUCAAAUCAGAAAAUACACGUGCAUUUUGAUGUACAGUUGGUUCACAAGCUCUGUCCUCUACCAAGGGCUCAUCAUGCACAUGGGAAUAGCCUCUGAAAACAUGUAUCUGGAUUUCCUCUAUUCUGCUCUUGUUGAGUUCCCAGCUGCCUUCAUCCUCAUGCUAACACUGGAUCGCAUUGGCCGUCGCUACCCCUGGGCUGCAGCAAAUGUGAUAGCAGGCAGUGCUUGCCUCGUUACAGCAUUCGUCCCAGACACUCUUUAUUGGCUUAAAAUGACUGCGGCUUGCUUGGGCAGGAUGGGGAUUACUAUGUGCUAUGAAAUUCUUUGCAUAGCAAAUCCAGAGCUGUAUCCAACAUUUCUCAGGAACCUGGGAGUCCUUGUCUGCUCAGCCAUGUGUGACCUUGGUGGGAUCAUAACACCCUUCCUCGUGUACAGAGUAGCAGAGCUGUGGCACGAACUGCCCCUGGUCAUCUUUGCUGUGAUUGGUUUAAUCGAUGGUGGCUUAGUUUUGCUUCUACCUGAGAUGAAGGGAAAGACUUUGCCUGAGACCAUUGAAGAAGCUGAAAAUCUGCACAGGCAAGAGAGAAGCAAAGAAAAAACGGUUUAUCUUCACGUUCUGACUUCUGAAGCUGCCCCCAAAUAAAUAAGUACAAAAAAUAAGCACUUCUUAAGCCCAGACUGGGUUUUAAGCUUCGGUAUCUCAGCAUUUGACUGUUACGCAAGCUGGAAAAUUAAAAAGAAGGCAAAUACAAGAUGGAGGCAGCAAAACCUCAAGGUAUGGAGGGGCUGCAUGCAACUACAACAUCAUUAGGGAUCAGUGACAAGAAGGGAGGAGAAAGCCCCAUCACAGACACCCAC